UCUUUGGACGAACCGGUACGUGGUCUAGUUUUUGUAAUAAUUAAAUUAAAUUCAAAUCCAGAAACUGCUAAAAAAAUUUACUCAGUAAUUAAUUACCAAGUACUUAAUUUGAAAUUAAUUAAAAAAUAGAAAGUGGUAAAUAAAUAAAAUGUUUUUAAUUUUUUUUGUGUUGAUUGUCAUCGCGAUAAUUUUGUGGCUGGUAAAAGAAUUACUGUACCCUAGCCAACGAAAAAAUAUUGAAGGCAAACAUGUCGUGAUAACUGGGGGUUCGAGUGGCAUUGGCAAGGCCGCAGCCAUUUUAGCCGCAAAAAAGGGCGCGCACGUGACGAUAAUCGCGCGAGAUGUUCAAAAACUGGAGGCUGCUCGCAACGAGAUAUUGAACGUGUGCAGAAAUAGGGACACGCAGCGAAUCGAGUACUUGCCGUUGGACAUAACCGAGGAUUAUGAAGCCAUUGAGAAGUCUCUGCUGGAUAUCGAGAAGACAAUGGGACCCAUCUACAUGCUGGUUAAUUGCGCGGGCACGGCCAUUUGCGGUAAAAUUGAGGACACGACAAUAGACAACCUCAAGUGGAUGAUUAAUUUGAAUUUAAUGGGUACUUAUUACUGUACUAAAGCCGUUAUUCCUCGUAUGAAAAGUGCCAAGGACGGUAUCAUCGUGAUAACGUCAUCUCAAGCUGCGCUUCUAGGAAUAUUUGGAUACUCCGCAUACUGCAGCUCGAAAUUCGCCCUCCGGGGAUUGGCCGAGAGCUUGGCGAUGGAAGUAAAUCCCCACAAUGUGUCAGUAACUUUGUGCCUGCCGCCAGAUACCGACACCCCGGGAUUCGCCAUCGAGGAACUCUCGAAACCUCUUGAAACAAAACUCAUAUCCGAGUCAGCGGGUUUGGUUUCCCCGGAAGUCGUCGCCAAGCAACUGAUCGCGGAUGCCUGCGCGGGUAAAUUUUUCUCCACCGUCGGAUUCGAGGGCUUUAUACUGACGACCCUCUCCGCUGGGAUGUCACCCGUCUCCUCAAUCGCCGAGCUCUUUGUUCAGUUUUUAACGAUGGGGUUACUGAGGAUCGUCGGAGCUUUUUACUUGUUCUCGUUCCAGAGGAUCAUCAAAAAUUGCAUUAAUGUCCGCGAUAAAAAUAAAAAGUCCGAAUGAUUUUAUUCAAGUCGCUGUAUAAUAAAUUUAUUUUUUAUCAGCUUCGAGUUUUAUACUGCAAAUUAAAAUUAUAAUUAAGUGAUUAA